AAACUUUCUAAUAAUGUAGAAUUAACAUUAUGGGAUUAUGAUUACGUUGACAGAUCAACUUUGAUUUUGAUGUUAUUUUCAAUGUCUAUUUCAAUCAUGAGACCAUUGUCAUGCACAUCGAUCUUUGUCUAUUUAUUCCUUUGCUAUAUCAUUUAUUCGACAUAUAUUUUUUACACAUUCCUUUUCCCACCAGAAUGUCCGAACAGAGAUGUUGAAAAAUGUCUUAAUCCAGCUUUUAAAUCCACUGAUAUAUUUCAGCUAUUUCUAUGCACUUCAAUUACAUCCGAAACAAUAAUUGCUGUUAUCGAUAAACAAUUAAAUUGCUAUCAUCAUAAUGUAUCUUUCAAUUUGGCCGAACCAUUUCAUUUAGAUUUUCAAAUUGAACUUCCUCCUGAAACAUUGAAUAAUAAUUCUCUGUAUCAACAUGUCAUCUUAACCAAAUUGAUGAACUCAUAUCAAGUUACUACGAACAUCAUACGUUCGAAACACACUGUAACAUUUGUUGCACCACUGACUCGUUUUCUUAUACCUCAGGAAAAUUUAUUCAAUCUUUUAAAAUCUGAUAAUCCAAAAACGGUUUUUUCAUCCAAGCAUUCGAAGCGCCCGGUGAUACAUUGGCGAUCAAAAAUAAUUGUAAAUGGAUUGCAACGACCGUUUUCUCUAUUCAAAUCUGCUUUACCUUAUGAAAUGUUAUAUCUGUUUCAAUUGGAUGACAAGGGCCGAUAUUUACCUAUAAUAUUUAUAAGUGAUGCACGACAACGUUUAAAUGAUUUACGACCAUUACCGAAAGAUAAAAAGCCACCUGUUAAUAUGCAAUUGGAGGUGAUUUAUGAACCUGUCCCGAUGGGAAGACUUCGUUUAAUGGUAUUGAUCGAAAAAGCAUUUGCAACCAUGCAAAAAAUAGGAUUCGGGGAACGAGAAAUCGACGAUGGGAAAGGAAUAUUUUUCGAAACAAACGCCAGUUUUUUACUGUUGACCGUUUUGAUAAUUUCUUUUCAUGCUUUAUUUGAUUUUUUGGCAUUCAAAAAUGAUAUACAAUUUUGGCGCCAUCGUGAAACAAUGGAAGGAUUAUCGUUCAAUUCAAUAUUAUGGCGAUUCAUAUCGCAAUUUAUAAUCACUUUAUAUUUAAUGGAUCAAGAAUCGAGUAAACUGAUAACCAUUCCAUCGAUGAUAGCGACCCUGAUUGAAUUGUGGAAAAUGAAAAAACUUGCGCACAUUGAAUUGAAAGGUUUACGCUUCGUACGGAAAGCUGAUUAUCAACCCACCAAUUUGGAAACAAAAACCGCCGAAUUAGAUAGUUUAACGCUUAAAAUUCUUAGUUAUUAUAUUCUACCACCUUUGCUUGGAGGUGGAGCUGUUUAUUCCAUUCUUUAUGUUGAACAUAAAUCUUUUUAUUCAUGGGCAAUCCAAUCUGCAGUUAAUGGUGCUUAUUGUUUCGGUUUCAUAUCGAUGUUACCGCAAUUAUUUAUAAACUAUAAACUUAAAUCAGUGGCUCAUCUACCAUGGCGUGCAUUCAUGUACAAAGCUUUUAAUACAUUUAUUGAUGAUUUUUUUGCCUUUCUCAUACCUUCUGUACCAAUCAGUCAUCGUUUGGCUACAUUUCGUGAUGAUAUUAUAUUUUUAAUUUAUCUUUAUCAAAGAUGGCUCUAUCCAAUAGAUCGUAACCGAGUGAUUGAAAGUCAAUUUGGUGAUCAGUCGUUAGCCGAUAUGAAUAAUGAGCAAACAAAAACAAUGGCACACAAGAAAAAUGAUUAAAUGACUUGUUUUUAUAAUUAUUGAAUAAAACAUUGUUCGAUUUGAA